GGGAAGGAGGACGGACGGACAGAAUGGCGGCUGCACAGUGCCGUAGCUCCAAAUGCACGGCAGAAAGGAAAGAGUUCAGGCGGGAACUCGAUUCUUGGCGGCACAAAUUGAUACACUGUGUUGGGUUUGAAAGCAUUCUGGAGGGGAUCUAUGGGCCACUGCUGCUUAGAGACCUCAAUAUAUUUGAUGACUGUGAACCCGAAGAGGUGGAUGACUGGUCAGUGGAAGCGAGCUGCUCUCAUUGUUCAUUCUGCAACCUUCCCCUGGAUAAACUCAGUGACCAAAUACCUGCAGCCGCCUCCCCCCUCUCUUCCCCCUCUGAGUACUCUCCCUGUCAGGGCCCAACCCUCUCUGAGAGCAGCCAAUCAGCUCACAGGUUUCUCCAAGCUGUGUUCCACAAGAAAGAUGUACCUUUGGGCUGCGACUCCAACAUCCCUCUGGUUGCCCGGGAGCUGAUGAAGAAAAUGAUACACCAAUUUGCCAUGGAAUAUGCCUCCAAGAGCCACAUCCACACCACCACAAAUGGCUUCACUAUCGACACCUCCUCACCUCAUUCAGAUGAGUCAGCUGCCCCUGAUGCCCCUCUGGACCUUACAAUGAGCCGCUGCCAGGAGAAGGAGAAGGAACAGCAGCCAGAUGGUGUGCUUGACCUCUCCAAGAGGAACUCUGCCUGCUCAGCAACAUCAUCAUCUUCAUUGUCUAACCAUAAAGCCUCAGGCUUCCCGUUGCCAACCUUGACUGAAGAACUGGGGGAUCCAGGGAGGCACGAGACUCGAUGUGGACAGAACUCUGCAUUGGAAGCUGUCCUGUGCUCACUCUGCCCAGCACAUCGUUCCUUACUCUAUCAAAUCCUAAAGCUGGCACAUCAGGAACGAUUGCUACCUUUCCAGACAGACUCUCAUUGCUGCCAACAUGCAGUAACAGCACAGGAUGUUACCCCUCUUCCAUUCCCAUUUAGUGAAUGUAAAGCCCAUAGCAGCAGCCCUCACUACCCUCUUAUUGACUGUGAUAAUCAAGGUCGUAGUAGCACUCUAUACCAUCCAACAGACUCAAAGUCAACUUGUAGUGUCCAUCACUACCGUUUCAGUGACUGUAAAAGCAAAGCUCCUCAGGGCUCAGGCUGUUGCUGUGUGCAGAGCUGCAGGGUGGCAGCUUACCCAGUUUUCUGCCUGAAGAGCCUCCACUGCAUUUCCUGUCAAAGUGUGGCUGUAGGUCGUAUCAACAAUGUGGUCUGUUCAUUUGCAUCCUCUCCUUCAUUAUCCCAAUCCCCCUCACUAUGCUCUUCCUCGUCCAGCAUAUGCCCUGCCUCAUCAGUUUGCUGUAACCAUCACAACGCCCACUCAUGUCCUUGUUAUUCAAACCAUUCCUGUCCAGCUCAGGUCAGGAACACAUUAGAUGGAGGGGGUGGAGAAGGAGAUCCUCCUUGCCCUGUCUUGAAGAGAGAGCAGAGUCCCUCUCCUCCCCCACUUUCACCUAUUCCCUCAGACAUCAGCAGGAAAACUGAAGAGAAGCCCCCUUCCCUCCUUCAUCAUACACAUGAGGAGGAGGCUGGCCCUUCCCUUCAAUUAAUGGUUAAAGACAGUCUUAUGGAUGGAGGCCAGCAGAAAGUAGAUUUGGAUGCAGUCGCAGAAGAUAAGCUGGAGUGUAGGACCCCACGAAAUAGUCAAGCAGGGCAGAGCCAAAGUGGGAGUUUACUGCAGGAUGUUUUUGAUCGUUUCAGUGAGAGACUGGAGACAAUCAAACCUAUGGAGAAGGACCCACUUCUGACUUCGUCAAUCAUUCACACCACUGAAAAGGAGCAGCCACUGUCUCCUGCAGCAAGUCAGAACUUACAGUGUCAUGCUGAUGCCCAUCUGAAUAAAAUUAUUACCACAGUGCUUGACAUUGGCAGUAACAGUGACUACAGCCUCAAUGAGCUUUUGCAUCGCCAUGACAACAAUGAGGCCAAGUCACCUAAUACCCGCUCCCGCAAGCGACAGGAGGUGCUUACUGCUCUUGCAACACCUGCUGAUAAUGCCUCAACUCGAAGACAGACGUUACAAAUUAAACGGGAGCUUGCGAUGUUUGACCCGUCAUAUUGUAGGAGAAAGGUGCCACUAACAAAGAGAGUUAGACUGAAAGAUGGCAAUAAAGUUAACUCAUCUACAUCAAGCUCCUCAUCUGACACAACCCCAGUUAAAGAGGAGUCUGACAGAGAAACUGAGAUUCAAGAAACCAUCUCCUGUCCAAAACAGGAAAUAGUCAUCAUCAAAGAGAAAGGAGGGGUGGACAAUAUCAUGGUUGGGGAUUGCAAUAUUACUGAUGACAGAGAAAAAGAGAGUAUCACAGGAGAUCAACAGGGUAAAUUCAGCAAAGAACUUAGGACAGAGGAAAGAGUAGAGGAAGCAGAGAUUGAAAGGGUGAAGGGGACACAGGAGAACAUGCUUACACCGGAAAGGGAGAAGGAUGGAGUAAAACAAGAAAUAAAGACAGUUAUAGUUACUGAAGAAAUUGAGACAAUUAAAGCAGAGGAGAGAGAAAGAGAGAUAACCGCAGUGGAAAAAGACCAAAUUGUCCAAGAUACUGAAAUACCUAUCACUGAGUUGCAAAACAAGUGUUACAAUGUAAGCUCAAAAGGAGAUUGCUUACAGUCACAGACAGUGACACUGACUACAGCCACAGUGACACAGUGUUGUAGGGCCUCUGAAAUCAAUGGCAAGAGUAGCAGUUUUGGAAAUGAUGAGAACCAAGAAGAAUCACCAUCAGGUGAAAGUUGUAGUGAUGAUGCACUAGACAGAGGUAAGGCUUACCACAAGCCAGUUAGAGGUAAGAGGACCAGCCUUCCAUCUAAGUUAAGCCACUCUAGGGAGGCAAGGAAAUCUAGAAGAAAUAUAGUCCCUCCCCAGCGGUUUUCCUCCUAUGUCACCGAGCCCAGAAAGAUGUACUUUGUCGCUUGCUUCUCUGAGAGCAUCUUCAACCAGAGAACACUGAAAGACAAGGUUUUGAAAUCUAGCUUGGAUGCCUCCUACAAAAAUCCAGAUGUUACAGACACCCAGUUUGAUUCAAGAAAAGAAGCCCCUCUCUCACCUGAGCUAACACACAAGCUUGUAUUUGAAUCUGCACCUGAAGAACAAUUUGGAACAUCUUAUACAGAGUCUAAAGAUCAAAGUCAGGUCCUACCAUGCACUGUGGUUGUCACAGAGAAGAGUCCCACUAAACACAGUUUAAAGAAUAGGACAGAUCUCAGAGACUCUGCAGCCAGGCCUUACAGAAGACUACGAUCAUCUCCAACAAAACUGCAUGACUCAGAGUCAAAAACAACUUCUAGAUCUCCCCAAAAUGCCUCAAAGUUGAGUGUCACAAACUCUGUUAAGUCUGCCACUCAGAGUGUUCAGAACUCUUCAAACUCCCAGAUCCAAUACGUUAGCCCCAUCAAACUCAUGUAUGUAUCGCCAGUAAUGGAUAAAGGAGGAGUUAAAUUUAGCCUCAAGUCAGCUACCUGUGGUUCUAGUGGACAAGCAGUGGAGCCAUUUGACCCAUGUGAGGAGUCCUCAUGGGCCGGGACACCUGAGAAGAACAAAAGCCCAGGCACUGAGUCUCCCACCUCACAAAUUAAAUCUGUCUCUUCACCAAUAAAGUCUCCUACUUCACCUGCUAAAUCUGCCUUCACACCACCCAAGUCUGUUUCAACUCCACUCAAGUCAGCUUCCUCAUCACCUAAAGUAGGUACCAGGAGAUCAGGAGAAGGAACUCCACCAAAACGUACAGCUGGCACUGAAAACCAGAGACUGUCAGGUGACUUACUACCUUUACAUGAAACUACUCCCCCUAAAAGGCGCCCAGGCCGACCCAAGAAGCUGGGACCCCAGCUGGAGAAGAAAGUUAAGAGACCAAUUGGUCGACCACGUAAACUGAAGGCCAUUGAUACAGCAAUUGGAGCAAAUUCAGAAAAUGCAAAUGCCGUUUUAGCAUCUGACAUGGAAGAGAACACAAAUAAGAACCUCAAAAUAACAGUAGUGUAUGGGCGAUCAAGGAGAAACAAACGGCUGGUGUCAGAGGGCUUUGACCAGCUGCAAACAGAACCCACUGAUGUUUGGCAAACCAUAGGCCCAAGGAAUGACUUGAGUAAUUUAACACAGAACUCUCAUAUCAGUUCUGGCAGUGUCAAGGCUGUUUCAACAGAAUGGUCAGAGGAGUUGAACUUGGUUAGGCCUGUGAAAGAGUCAGCUCCUCAUUCCAGCAGUAACAUCAAGUGUCAGAAGCUUGAUGGUGCUGUACCCAUCAGGAAACCAGGAAGACCUGCGAAAGUUAAAAUCUCUGGAAUCUCAGUCACAGUAACUACAGUGUCCCCUCGACAACGCAAGAUUCAGAUAAAUAGGGAUGCUCGGCAGUCCCCAGAAAUAUCAAGUCAUAAGAAAGCACUCCUACCAGUAUUCAAAUCUGCCAAAGAGCCUUGGACAAUCAGUGUUCAAACAAGUAGUGAUUGCAGCCAACAAGAGGGAAUCACAACAGCAAAAGGUGAAAGUAGAGACAAACAGUCAGAACGACCUGUAGCAGUGCGUCAGUCAGUGAGAGUGAGGAAGCCCUCAAUCUACCUGUUGCACUCUGUUGCCACGUCCACAUCCAGGUCUUUCAGCCAUAGCACGGCCCUGUUGCGGCGCUCUAAACAGCUUCUGCUAAACAAGGCCAGCAAUGAAAGGAAACAGGAGGAGGCUCGGAGUGCUGUAGAAACUAUAGGAGAGGAAAGACUGCUCUUUGGACAAGAGAAGAAGCGCAUCUGUCAGGAUCUCAGCCAAGUGGCAGGGUUGUCAGUAGACUCUAUCUUUCCCCCAAGACAGACUCUGCGGUGGUGGGCAGCAUCGGCUGAAGCAAAGUCCUUAAAUCAGGAGCUUGCCAGGCGAAUACGACUUGUCUCUGACACGUGGGUCUCAGAUACAGUUGAGAACCAGGACGAAAUGGCCUUUAAAUCUAGGUUAGAUAUCAAAAGAAAAACCUCAUUCAACAAGAAGUCUCGACAUUCCUCUGUGGUUCGAGCACUUUUUGACUGUCCUCCCAACAAGCCAAGUUCCUGUAGUAUGCAGCAGCUUUGCUCUUGGUUUAUGCAGACCACAGAGACACAGUCUCUUGCCAUUGUCAAGAAGGCAAGCUCCCGAAAUCCCUAUGAACUCAUGCACUACCCUCGUUCUGCCAACAAAGGAACUGUCUGUCCUAGUCCCCAGGCAGAGCGGCUACGCAAACACAUCAAGAAGUUUGCUAAAACUGUGCCAAAGAGUCCUUGCCAGCACCAGCAGGCCCAGGAAAGACUGAGGAACAGAAACAAAUCAUCAUUAUCAACAGAUAACAUUAAGCGACAGCUUUUCACUCCCAGAUUUGCAAAAAGCAGGCUCAAACAAGGAGCCCCAUGUAGGAGAGGCCAAGCACUCGAAAAGUACUCAACCACUUUGCUUAGGGCAAGAGCAAGGUUCCUUACCAGGAAAGAAAGGGAGAAGUGGCCAAAGAGGCAGAAGACCAAUCAAAAGGAAUUUAAAUGGAGAUUAGUUGCAAGUACUUUAAAUGGCCAUGUACUAACUGGGCUACAACCAAGAAAUAAAACAUUAUCUAGAUCAGCAACAGAUAAAUUAUGGGACUGUUUAGAGAACAGUUGUACCACCAGCUCUGCUGACCAAACUCAGGAGCCUAUGGAUGUACCCAAAGAGCAGAGACUCAGCUCUAAAGCCUGGAGUCCUGAGUCAUUGAAAGAAUGUCGGGUGUUUCUGAGGAAGAUCAACUCUCCAGACAAUGAGUCAACAGAGGAAGAGUGUGACUCUUGUACCGUGACACUGGAGGAAGGGUCACCUUCUGCCGACCGCUUUGCAGGGAGGGAGAAAGAGCUGGCAGGGGUUGUUAAAGCUGUGAAAACUGAGAAGAAAAGGAGCAGGAAAAGAACUGCCUCUAGAGGGCUGGCCAGUUCUGCAGCAAAAUCAAGCCGGGAGCAGGAUGACGUACCAGAAGGGAGGAAAAAAGGCAAAUAUAAAAGUCCUGGGGUUGUGUCCACUGAACCACCACCUGCGAAAAUGUUGAGACAAUCGCGAGUGAGGGGCCUAACUGGGCCAAGAUGGCGUGAUUAUGUUCUUGAAAAUUAAAUGAAGCAUGAAGCCUCCUCCAUCCUGAGAAAGGGACUGUGGUUUAACGUGGUGCCUUUGGACAUUCAGCUGACCACGUAGACUGACCAUCCCACUUUGGUCCAGUCUUACACUCAGCAGUUAUGUAGCAGUCUAACUUAACAAAAGCUUGAGGUUGCACUAUUUUUAAUGAGCUCAAGUGCUUGGAUAUGUAUGUACAGAAUUUUUUUUUUUUUUUUUGAUGUAAACUUGCCUUUCUCUGUUUGAACAUGUAUAGUAGAUCAAAUCAUCACGUCAAACAGGUUUAAUUGGGUAAAGGAUCAUACAGUGAGCCCUGUCAGGAUGGCUGUAUUGAAUGAAGGACAAAGAUUGACUGACUGCAUAAGGACAGUGCCAUCUCCGUCAAACAUACCUCAUUAUUAGGGCCUGGACCUUCUGUAAACUUUGACUUUUUACAUUCUUUGUUUUUAAAAACUCAUCCUGGAACACUGCAAAAAAUCUCCAUCUUAAAUAAUUUGGUUUCACAUUCAAUCUUACAAUCUUGUUUUUCAUAAAAUGAAUAGGAAAAAAAAUCUGUCAGUUGGAUGAGAUAAUCCCACUUGUUUCCAUUGGUAAUCAGUUUGUUUCUAGAAUUGAUACCUUUGGCUGAUGGAUCGUAUUCUGCCUUGUUUCAGCAUAUUUAUACUUGUUCUCUGAAAUACUCCUGAAACAAGUGAAAAAGCAUGGGAAACAAGUGGGAUUUUCUCAUCCAAUAAAGUGACUAACAACUUACUCUUAAUUUUUUUUAAAGAUAUUCUCAGUCACUGCUUUUUUUUUUUUUUUUUUUUUAACUUGAAUUGCAGAAUUAAUUGAAAACUUGUUGAAAUUUGACAGCAAAGAUGCUCUCCAUCUGGGUCUUAUUUCCCAGGAUUAUCUUUGAUUUUAAGAUCAGUGUUCUGUUGAACGCCAGUGGAUAAAAACAUACUUGAAAUAGCCUGGCCCUUUUUAGUAGCCUAACCCAUGUGUAUGGGGCAUUACUAUAAAAUCAUGCAUGAAACCAGUGGCCAUCAACCUAUCCCAAAACUAAAUAUAUGUUGUAAUUUCUUAACGUAGCGUUUCAAACAUUCGCAAGCCUCAGCUGUGAACCACCAUUAACACUGAUCCACAUGUUGUAAAAUGACUAGAGUUUUACUCCUUGGCACCCUUUGAAAUAUUAGGAGGUAUGUUACGAUGGUGAAGAAAAUGGCAUUAUGCAGUUGUAGAAUGUAGAUUCUCAUGGAAGUGUUGGUUUGUGGGAUCUGUCUUGUUUUAAACAAGGGUUUCUUUAUGUGAUUGUCUUCUUCCUUGUUUUUAUCCAAAGCAUUAACUCUCAGUCAGAUUUAUCUGUUGCACUAUCCCAUCUGAGAUUAAUCCCACUACACCCAAUCCACCCCCCAUAUUUUGCACAUCCAGAGUCCCACUACUAUCCCCUACUGUAAAACUACAGAAUCUAUUAGGUGCAAUACAAACCCAGAAGAUAUAUCAAUAUGUAUUAAUUAUGUUAUUGCUGACAGACGAAUGGAUGUUAUUGAACUGUAGCUGUCACAAGUACUGGUGGCCUGGAAUGUGUCAGACUUCAGUUGUUUUUCUAUAGCUAUGUAAUGUGGUCUCCAAGGACAUUGCUAUAGGAAGGUCCCAUCUAUUCCCACCUGCUUCAUUUUCCACAGUGAACCGUGAGAAACAUGCUUAUAGUUAAGAUAGUAGUGUUUUAUCAAUAAUGUCAAGACAUGAUUCACUGUUAAAAUUGCAGGUGGGAGAUGUAUCACUGUUGCAAGGUUUCCCCGAUAGUCCCUGUCAUCCUCAAGUGCAGUAAGAGGUCUACCUCCACUUGGGUUCAGUCAAGCCUACUCCUUUUGAUAUCUAACCAUGUUCUAGGCAGAGCCAGAGAGUUGAUCAGUAAACACUAAUCUUGGGUCAUUGUUUUCCUGGGCACGUAGAUCCAAGAUGUCUGUACGUCAAAACGUAACCCUGUAGUGUGUACUGUGUGCCUGACUGCCCUUGUGUGUAUGUCACUAUGGUUGCCAUUUCAACACAGGGGAAGGGGGUGGCUCAGUUUUGUGACAAAAAAGAAACCUUUCCCCUCAGUUGAAGUCCCUGGUGCUAAACUUCUGUUGUAUAUUUUCUUUAUCAAGUGUUUUUAUACUGUCCAUUACAGAUGUAACUAAGAGUUGUCUGUUAUUAGAACAAUAAAGAUUCUUUUGAAAUACUUA